AUGCGGUUUGUGACAUUGCUCCUCCAAACUAGAGAAGAACUGCGACUGUAUGAGGUCAUCCCAAGAAUCUCCUCCGAGCAGCUGGUGAAGCCCCUCUCUCCCUUCCAGGUCUGGGAAGCCCUCCUGAGCCUCCAGGCCCCCCGGGUCAAUGUCUUCAUGGCAGUGCCAACCAUCUACAGCAAACUGAUCGCUUACCACGAGGAGCACUUCUCUCAGCCACGCGUCCAGGACUUCAUCCGUGCCAUCUGCCAGGACCACAUCCGGGAGAUGAAUAAUUCAUGGCCAGUGAAUGCCUCGCUGGGCCUAAUCACCACUUUAAUUGGAGGUUUAGAUCAGAGGUGGCUAAUAGCUCCUACAGAGGAGGCUCCGUGGAUUGUUGACAGCAAGAGGUCGGUUGGGACUCCGCUGCCCGGAGUUAAGGUGCGCAUCGCCACCGGAAGCUGGACCAAGGACGAUUCUGCCUUCUGCAUCCAUGCUGAAGGAGACGAGAUGGGCACAACGGUGACUCCAGGCUUCGAUGCCAAAGAAGGGGAGCUCUUUGUGAAAGGACCCGCUGUGUUUCGGGAAUAUUGGAACAGGCCUGCAGAGACCAAGGACGCCUUUACCCCCGACGGCUGGUUCAAGACAGACCGGCUGUCGGACUGA